AACAAAAUAUAGUUUCUUCAUUCACUCUCUCUACACACACACACACACAAACAUUUAAUAUAUUGAUCUGUUCUUUUUAAUUGUCUUCAUCUGUUAUAGUUCUUGUCAAAAUGUAAGUAGUUUGUAAAUAGUUUUAAUUUUCUAUUUAUUUUGAUUUAGCUUCUUUUGUAUUUCUGUAUUUCACUUACAUGUGUUCAGCAUUUGAAUGAGCCUAGUCUUUUACAAAACUUUGGCAACAGUUCAUAAAUGUUCAAGUCGGGCUCAUUUGUUUGGUCUCAUAAACAGACAGGCAUGUGUCUGUCAUAAAGACAUGAAGCUAUUGCCCCACAGGCAGAAGGAGUUUAAAAUUACUCUCUCUCGUCAUUGGCCAGCUGUCCUCAAAGCCUUUUUAGGGUUUGAACUUGCCAACAGGGGAUCCCUUGCAUUCUAGUGUAGAGUUUAAAUGUGAAAGAGACCACACCAAGGGACCAGCCUUAUGUCAAUAUCACAGAUAACACCAACUCUCUUCCUGAGUGGGGCUGAUGCUCCUAUGAAUCAGGCACUGAUGACCCGCAAAGGCAUUACGCUGAUUGUGAACGUGACUCUAUCCCACACCUGCCCUAUCUACCGAGGUGUGGAGUGCAUACGUGUUGCAGUAUCCGACCUCCCAAAUGCCCGUCUAGGUGAUCAUUUUGACCAUAUUGCAGCUCGAAUCCACAGCAACAGAGCUGGAGGAACACUAGUGCACUGCGCUGCAGGCAUGAGUCGCUCACCUGCUCUAAUAAUGGCCUACCUCAUGAAGUACAAAGGAGUGACUCUGCGGCAGGCUCAUAAGUGGGUUAAAGACAGCAGACCCUACAUAUGUCUUAAUACAGGAUUCUGGACCCAACUUCUGGAUUAUGAGAAGAAACUCUACGGUAAGAAUACUGUGAAGGUGGCUGAACCACUGGAUCCAAUGCCACUGCCUAAAACACCAAAACUACCUUCCAAGUACAACAUGAGACAGUGUCCUUCUUCGCCACGGCUGAGCCAGCUUAGAAGAUUCACCUCCUUAGCUCUUUAGUCAGCAACAGCAAACUGAUCUAUUGCCAAAAUUGGAUAUGAAAUGUUCUAUUUACAUAUUGUACGUGCAGUCAAAAAUUUCUUAACCAUCAGUUUGGAUAAGGAUAAACAAGAUCUAUGGAGUGAAACAGACCAUAUCAGUACUUAAACAAGACUGGUUUUUUUUUUGUUUUUUUUUCCAAAAGCAUGUAUUUUGAACAGGCUUUUAGCUGUUUCCUUCUGGUUUCUACUGCAAUUCACUUUCAAGGAUGAUAAUUCAUAAUCUUGUUUAUUCGUUUUUGAUGUGGCCUGGCUGGAAUUCCAGGAAUAAAACAACUGUUGAAACUUAGUAUUAUGCAUUAUUUAACCAACAGAGGACACUGUUGGAACAUCGAACUCGCGCAAUGGAAGAAACCCAGGGCGAAUAAAUGAAAGGCUCAAUGGAAAUGAAGGUUAGAUCUGAACAUCUUUAUCUCAAGCAGUCUAAAUCUAAAUUUGCUUAAAUUUCUACAGUAUGAUGUGAAUGAGAUAAAGACUCUGCAACUUAAGUCAUUUUAAACAUUUGUUUUACUUUCACACAAGACAAAUAUUUGAAAUCGUUCCUGUUACAUCUAUUUAAAUUUCAUUUCAUUUUAAGUGUACUUCAGACUUAAAUUUGAAUUCUGCAUCCUGUUUGCUGCCUCACGUAAAAUUCAGAAAAUUAAUUUAAAAGGCAUUCUCAAAGUUGUUGUCAUUGUUAAUCUCUUUGAUAAUAUAGAACUGGCCAUGUGACACAGGAUGUGAAAAAAAGUAUUUUGCCAUUCAUCACUUUUAUAAUGCGGGUUUAUUCCUCACAAUCUCUUUUUAAAUAAUGUGUGUUUAGUGCUUUUGGCAAUGUUUUUUUGAUGCUGAGUGAGGGGAGAGAGGUUUUAGACAUGCUUUUCUUGAAGGGGUGAGUGAAUGUGCUGAAAGCUGAGAGAGACAGCAUGGAGUGGAAAGAGUCAAAAUGUCUUAGAUUAAAAAAAAAAAAGGCACUUAUUUAUCUCAAAAAAUAAAUAUAAUUUAUUUUUGGCUGUAAGCCUGCCAUCUUGUGCAAUUAACAGGAAACAAGCCGGCCAACUAUGUAUUGGGAUAAAGUGUGUUUGUGUGUGCCAGCCCAUGUGUUUCUUUGUGUGUGUGUUUAAUGAGACACUGCUUUCAGUAAGCCCAUCAAGGGAUAAAUAAGCAUGCCAUUACCAUACACUCAUUUAUCUUUCUGCACAUUAUUUGACAGCGAACCAUCCUUGUAAGGUAUUGCAGUCUGACCACAAAUGCUAUGUUAGAUGUUUCCCUGGAAGGUACAGCAGAGCAGUCAGAGAAAGAGAGA